GACUGCCACCAGCCGCCGCCGUCGCCACCUUCGCCAGAUCUGGCCGGGCCCAUCGCUGGUCUGGCCUCCACCGCUGCCGCUCCGAGCAUCGCCCCCUGCUGCCGCCGCAUAGUAUGGGGAGGGACGAGGCCCCACCGCCCCUGUCCUUGUGGCCGCCCAGCUUUGCCGGCGCCUGCUCAGGCGGCGGCGAGGCGGGGAAGGAGGCGGGUGAAGGAGGAAGACGCCGGCGUGGUCGCCUUUCGAGUCGCCCGGGGAGGCGACGUGAGAGGGUUUUCUCAAGAUACUACUGCAGUUGUAGUUUAAUUCCCCACCAAACACAGGGUGCAGAAAGCAUAGCAAGCAGGCAAUGGGAUGGUUUGACUUCGCCGAGCAAGGAUAGCUAUGCACGAUUCAUUUCGGGCGUGUUUAGUAAGAUUCAUUUCGGGCGUGAUUAGUAAGGGAAAAGAAAAUUUUUAAGCGUCACAUCGGAUGUUUGACUAGAUGUCGGAAAGGGUUUUCGGACACGAAUAAAAAAACUAUUUCAGAACUCGCCGGGAAACCGCGAGACGAAUCUUUUGAGCCUAAUUAAGCCGUCAUUAGCACGUGUGGUUACUGUAGCACUUAUGGCUAAUCACAGACUAAUUAGGCUCAAAAGAUUCGUCUCACUAUUUUCCCCAUAACUAUACAAUUAGGUUUUCUUUUUAUUUAUAUUUAAUACUCCAUACAUGUGUCCGAAGAUUCGAUGUAAUGUUUUUGGGCCCGAAGUAAGAAAGAGGUCGAUUAAAAACAAAAAGAAAAAUGAAGAAAUGGCUACCGCCUACCGUAGUGGCAAGCUCCGUAAAAACCACGCCUCCGUCCGCCGCCAAUGGGUGCAUCGGCAUAUGCCGCCCUUCAUCGCCUCCUCCCUCAUUCUUCCGGUGGGGGUGCUCAUCUUGAGGAUCGAGGGAAGGGGAGGAGCCCGCGCGUCGUCCGGUACGCGGCGGGAAGCUCCGAGGCUGGAUGGAUGGAGGAGGCCACCAUCAUGGCUGCGGGGAGAAAGGAACAAAGACAACAUGGCGCAAGGCCAAAACGGCAAGAGGAAGUUGGGACUGGUUUCAAAAGGAAUUGAAGUCAAAAAAGAGGAGGAAUAAGACGAGUUUAAAUCAGUGUGGCAAAUGCUAAAUAAAUGUUUUCUAAAUGGUGGGAAACUGUAAAUUAAGCUUUGACAGCAGCAUGUCCUGAAAGUUUCAAAAAAAAAAAAUGUCAUAUGAUUAGUUAUCCCACUAUGGAUCGAAGAUGUUGCUUGAGAGUAUGACAAGGAGAAGGCCCUUGAAGAAUUGAGACAAGAUUGACUGUGCAACGCAGCAGUCUGCACUGCAGUUAUAACACUUGCUUUGAAAGGAGAUACGCAGGGUGCUUCGGAUCUUGUUCGCAACAAUGGUUGGUGGAGGACUGGAGGCACCUAAAUAUUCUCAGCUAUAAUUAUUAUUAUUUUACUUUGAUCAAGACUAAACUUCCAGUGCUAACUGUUGUCAGCACACCUACUACAAAUACUGGCGAGCCUGCUGAGUUUUCUUGAAGCAGAGGAGUGUAGGUAAUUGGUGCAUGUUGCUAUCUAGAAUGGUAUGAGAUUGGGAAAAAGUCAAGAAAAGCGACUGCAACGGAAAUAGGAAAACAGAUGUAAUCCUCUUAUCUCCUUGAUACACAGAGACGGUGCCUCCAUUUUUCUCUUUUUGCACAGGUACCUUUGUGGUCUGUUCUGUGUUAUUCAUUUUUCGGAGUUCAAAUUGCAGCGAUGUUUUGCUACUGCACUAUUAAACUUUUUUUCUGACAUGUCACUUGUUUAUGUAUUAGUUGCAUUGUAAACAGAUAUACUGGCUAUAUUUUCCUUCUGCUAAUGUUUGUUUUGACUUGUCCAUAUCUUUCAGGAUCCUCCUUUAGUUUUCUAUCAUCAUCCUCUAUUCAAACCCCAGUGGUAUCAUCAAUUGUAUUUUUUUUAUUUCGUGGACUAAGCUUUCUUGAUGUAAGAUUUCGUCAAAGUACUCACCUAACCACCGAUGUUUACAUUAGGUACAUGCAACCUGCCAUCUUCAUGACUUCAUUUCUCAGCUGCCAAAGAGUCGCUAGCAUGACCUUUCACCCAUACAUAUGAGCUACUUCUCUUGCAUAUUUGUUUCUUUGUGUUCCCUUGUCGAGAGCUUGUCAAAUUUCUGCAGAUCUGUUUUUGAGCAAGAUUUACACAUAGGUAUGUCUACAAGUUCUGGACAAGCCAUGGUGAGUGUUUCGACGGGAGUGAUGAACUGCCUUCUUGCCAAGCUUGCCACCCUGAUUGAUGAAGAGCAUGUUAAGUUCAGCAACAUUCCUAAGGAGGUGGGCUUCCUCAGGGAUGAGCUCAGGACCAUGAAAGCUUUCCUGGAGAUACUUGCAGACAAAGACAACCUCGAUCCACUCACAAAAGAGUGGAUGAACUAAGUAAGAGAGAUGGCUUAUGAGAUUGAGGACUGGAUUGAUGAGGCCAUGCAUCAUCUCACUAAGGACGACAGCAAUUCUGGGUUCAUUUCGAAGAUCAUUUUUCGUCUCAACAGGAUGAGAACACAAAAUCGCAUGGCCAAUCAAAUAAAUGAGGUGAAAACACGUGUGGUGGAGAUGAGCCAUCGGCACAAAAGGUAUAAGCUUGAUGCAAGUAUCUCUACAUCUGACUAUACAGCCAUUGAUCCUCGCCUCUGUGCGCUAUAUGCGGAUGCAGAGGCCCUUGUGGGUAUGGAUGGUCCAAGGGAUGAGAUUACCAAAUGGUUUAUGGGUGCAGAUCAACAGUUGAUGGUGGUGUCUGUUUUGGGAAUUGGUGGUCUAGGCAAGACAGCACUUGCUAACGAAGUGUACAAAAAGAUUGGAGGGCAAUUUGAUUGUCAUGCAUUUAUCUCCAUCUCUCAGAAACCAGAUAUAGUAAGGAUCCUCAGUAAUAUACUCUCACAACUGGGCAAGGAGACAUUUACUCCAUCUUGUGAGAUACAUGGUGUUCUCAAUAAUCUGCGGGAGAAUCUACAAGACAAAAGAUACCUUUUCUUCUUCUUCUUCUUUUUUUUUUUUGUUUCUGCAAUGUAAUGUCUCAUGGAUGGUUAUAUAUUGGUCAUGAGUAAUCUACAACUUAUCUCCUCUUAAAAACUUAAUUGGAACAGUUCUGCUCUGUCCAAAAUGUUCAUAGCAAUGAACUGAGAAUGAGUCUUUCCUUUGUGCUAUUUGCUCUGUUUUUAAGGAGAGUGUAGUCCUUACUUACUCUUAGUCUAAUUUGCUUAUUUUAUAUGCUGCAUGUGAAACAUUUGCAGGUAUUUGAUCAUAAUUGAUGAUUUAUGGGACAAAUCUGCAUGGGACAUUUUUAGAUGUGCCCUCCCCAAAAUAAUCAUGCUAGCAGAGUGAUAACAACAACACGGAUUGAAAAGGUGGCUAUGGAAUGUUGCAGCUAUCGCUGUGAAUUUAUUUAUAAGAUGAAACCACUGAAUGAACAUGAUUCAAGAAGACUAUUUUUUAAUAGAAUAUUUGGCUCGGAGAAUGCCUGUCCAGAACGAUUUAAGGGAGUUUCAACUGGAAUUUUACAAAGAUGCGGUGGUCUGCCACUUGCAAUUGUUAGUGUCUCUAGCCUGUUAGCUAAUCCAGCAACCUCUGUAGAUAGACAAUGGGAGUACGUAAGCAAUUCUUUGAGUGAUAAGUUUGGAAUAAUGCCUGCAUUGGAUGGAAUGAGAAACAUUUUACAUCUUAGUUACAAAAACCUUCCUUAUCAUCUCAAGACAUGUUUUCUUUAUCUUGGCAUUUAUCCAGAGGACUACAUAAUAAGGAAAAGUGAUGUGGUCAGGCAAUGGAUAACUGAAGGUUUUGUUCAUAAAGCCCAGGUACAAGAUGCAGAAGAUGUUGCAGGUAGCUACUUCAACGAGCUAGUCAACAGGAGCAUGAUUCUACCCACAGACAUAGACUAUCAGAAUAAUGUAGUAUCCUGUAAGCUACAUGAUAUGAUGCUUGAUCUUAUCUUGUAUGAGGCAGCAGAAGAGAGAUUUUUUACAGUAACAGAUAAUUUCAGUACAUUGCUGGGCCUGCACAAUAGUGUCCAUCGGCUCUCCCUCCAAUAUGACAACGGAAACCAUGACACCGCAGCAGCAACUACUAGUCUAACAUAUCUUCGGUCGCUUGCAAUCUUUGGAAAUUCUAAAUACAUGCACAUGCAUCAUCUUUCAGACUUUAAGUUUCUCCGAGUUUUAAUUACAGUGUUUUCAGAUGCUGUCCACCAGAUGAGUUUGGACCUAACAGGAAUUCGUCAGUUGUUUCAACUUAGAUAUGUGAAGAUUGAAGCCAAUAUUCAUGUGCAGAUACAAUUGCCUGCUCAAAUUCAGGAGCUAAAACUUUUGGAAUCCAUUGAUAUAGAAUGGGGAUCAGUUUGCAUUCCACCAGAUAUUGUUCAUCUGCCUCACUUGAUUCAUCUUGUUAUCCCAGAAGGAACAGGAUUGCCUGAUGGGAUCGGAAACUUGAAAUCUCUGAUCACUCUGCGUUCUUUUGAUCUGGGGGAGAACUCGUUACAUAAUAUCAGAAGUAUCAGAGAGCUGACUAAUCUGAAAGAUCUCAAUCUCUGUUACUCUGGAAAAAAUGUAGUAUCUAAUAUGGAGACAUGGAUUGAUGUUUUGCGUUCUUCCCUUGAAAAGCUUUCCAACCUCAAAUAUCUACAUUUAUAUUGGCCUGGUACUUGUGAAAAUGGCCUAUGUUCUUUGAACCCUCCAUCCCGCCAUCUUCAGAGACUGGAGAUGGCGUACUGGUGGUUUUCCAAAGUUCCUAAGUGGAUUGGAGGGCUCCAUGAGCUUCACGUCUUGAAACUUGCAGUGAAGGAGGUGUCAGAUGAUGAUAUCACUCUUCUUGCACAACUGCCUUCCCUGACAAACCUUGGAUUGCGCAUGCGAGGAGCACCUAAGCAGAAGAUAAUUAUCUAUAAGAAGGCAUUCCCAGUUCUCAGAUACUUCAAAUUCUGGUGUAGCACACCCUGCCUGGUCUUUGAGGCCUCCGUGAUGAGCGAAGAGCUGCGGAAUUAGCGCUACAAAAUGCCAUUGAUAUGCAUCCUGGUCGUCCUAGUGUUAAGGUCGUCAGUUGCCCGCAUACACAGUUCCAUUCUGACAUUUCCGAUUAGGAGGAAGUGGACAGGGAUAACAUAUGCCAUCUGAACAAAACCUAGUAAACGUCGCUACUUGAUACCAUACUUGUAGUAGUAACUGUAUGCAGAAAUUUUUUUAUUAAUGUGAAAUACAACAGAAAAUCGCAGAGCAAACAUGAUCAUCUGCUAACAGCAUUUUGAGUACUUUGAUGGUAAA